GCGUUGCACGCGUUGCUUGUGCUGCGCUGUACGGCGUUUCCCUGGUUCCAGCUUUUCAUUUUUGAAGGAUUCCAUCAUAUUCUUGCUGCUAUUCAUCGAUAAUAGGGCGACCACUAAAAAGAGCCGUCUUAUCGCACGGGGUCUUGGCUGCUGAAUAAGGAGGAGUGAAUGAUAUAAGCAAGAUUCAUACCAACAUCCACCGAGAGAUGCAGCAUCAACUCCGGCCAGCAGACGGCCGCAGCGACAGAAGCCGUGUUGCAAUCAUUGGCACCGGCCUGGCUGGCCUCACAACAGCGUAUCUGCUGCAUCAGGACCAGCAGAAGCGCUACGACGUGACGCUCUUCGAACAGGCUCCGAAAUUCUCCCUCGAUGCCGCAUCCGUGACGCUCAAGAAUGACGCCACCGGCUCGCUCGAGCGCGUGGACAUCCCGCCGCGCAGCUUCUGCCGCGGCUACUACGCCAACCUCUGCCGCAUGUACGACCAUCUGGGCGUUCCCUUCCAGCGCAUCCAGCUCAUCUGGGUCUUUGCCAAGGUCUCGGCCGCGUCGCAGGCCCAGAUCCCCGUCGCCGAGGCCGCGGAGACGAUGCCCGGGAGCUACUUUGUCUAUGGGAAGCGCCUGCACGAGCUGCUGCUGAUAUCGCCGCAUUUCUGGCUCCGGGCGUCGCUGCAGAAUGUCUUGCUGACCUUUUAUCUGGCCGUCUGCCAUGCCUGGUUCUUCCUGGCGUGCUUCUUCCUCCCGCCGCGGACGAUCCAGCCGGAGACGUAUCUGGACGUGAAGCACUCCGCCGCCAAGAGCAGCAAAGGCUGCGAAUCGUUUCGCCAGUAUCUCGACAGGAUAUGGCUGCCGCAGCGCUACGUGCUGUACUACCUGCUUCCCAUACUGAGCAUCAUCUGCAGCUGCUCCCACGCCGAGAUGCUGGACUUCCCGGCCAGCGACGUCACCAGCUUCAUGAAGGGCACGUUUCUGAGGAAGACGUAUGUUGCCAAGGGGGGGAUCAACAGGGUGCAGGCGACGCUGGCGGAGGGAAUCCAGGACGUGAGGCUGCAGACGCGAGUCACAAAGGUUGAGCGGGUUGACGGCGGCGGUGGCGUGCGUGUGCGCUAUGAGAGCAUGCAGGAGGGGGGUGAGAAGCGCUCUUCUUCUUCCGAGCAAGUAUUCGACCGUGUGGUGCUUGCUGUGUCGCCAAACGUUGCAGCCGCUAUUUUCAACCCGUGCAAGCCGCUGCUCAGUGUUGUUCCCACCGUGCCCGUCACAAGCACAGUCCUGGCCUCUCCAAACACAAAAGUGUCGCUGGUCCACGAGAAGUCCCACGUUCCGUCAGGAGAGUGCUCGUAUCGCCGCGGCGAGGCUCAGAUCAUGGCCUUUAGGACCACCUUCUCCGACAGCAUUGUCCAGACCGAAUCACUGCACUAUCUUUCAGGGGGGCUGGUCGUCAGGACGAGCCCUACGGCAGAUGUGCCGGAAGUAAAGGGCACGCUGGACACGUCGAGAUUUACCAGGACGUUGCGCACCACCGAGAGCAGGAGCAUGGUCCAGAAGGCGAUGGAGACGAAGGGGGCCGGUUCUGGCAAUGAAUGGGUGAAUGGAAAGGAUAAUGUCUGGGUUGUGGGCUCUUGGUGCUGGGACGGGAUGGUGCUGCUGGAGGGAUGCGUCAUCUCUGCGAUGCGGGUGGCCAAGGAUCUUGGGGUUCAAGUCCCGUGGUAGUUGUUGUUUAAUGUUUUUUGGCUCGUCAAUAUCAUUGCGAUAUCCCCAGGUUUGUCAUUCGCUGCGUUCAUGAUAGAAUUUCGAUAGAAGCGGGCUGGUGGUUGUUAUAAGCAUUUGCGUCUUGAGCGCUCAGUCUUUAUAUACCUUUGUUGCUUGAAACCCAUGUAGAUAGUAUAUAUGAUAUCUUAAUAUUUCUUCAGCUCAAUAUACUGCCCUUCAGAUUGAUUGGCGGUGCUUGAAUAGAAUGUGCACAUUGGCCCAUGG